AGUCUGUCCUGCGACGCCGACGUUGACGAGUGAGGUGCUACAGCUCCGAGGAUUUGUUAGACAUCAGUCGGAGUAGCCGCGUCCAGGGUGCAGGACUCACGGGAAUAUUCAACAUCCAAGGAAAACCAUCUUGAGGUGAACCAGUGAAUAUUCCAAAGUGGGAAGGUUGACGCGAGACCAUGGCAGCCAUCCUCAGUUUAAUAGACGAUUUCCAGGACUUAAUGGACAGACAAGGAGAUCCAAGGACUAGCAAAUGGUUCCUAAUGUCAAGCCCAUUCCCUACUGCUGCAAUCUGUCUCACAUAUGUAUAUAUUGUAAAAGUACUUGGCCCAAGACUUAUGGAAAAUCGUAAGCCAUUCGAGCUAAAAAAUCUACUGAUUGCAUACAACUUUUUCCAAGUUAUAUUCAGUGCAUGGCUUUUUUACGAGUGUCUCAUGAGUGGAUGGCUGACUGAAUACAGCUUCCGGUGCCAGCCUAUCGACUACUCCGACAACCCUUUAGCUGUCAGGAUAAGCAUGUCAGGUUGGUUAACAGGCCUGUAUAAUUUCCGUUGUCAACCUGUCGACUAUUCAAAUAAUCCCAAGACAUUAAGGAUGGUCCACGCAUGUUGGUGGUAUUAUUUCUCCAAGUUCACAGAAUUUUUUGAUACAUUCUUUUUUGUGCUUCGGAAAAAGAACAGUCAUGUGUCAACACUGCAUGUAAUUCACCAUGGAGUAAUGCCUAUGAGUGUUUGGUUUGGAGUUAAAUUUACACCAGGAGGCCACAGCACUUUCUUUGGACUGGUUAACACAUUUGUUCACAUUAUUAUGUAUACUUAUUACUUGUUGGCUGCAAUGGGCCCACAAUAUCAAAAAUACCUUUGGUGGAAAAAAUACCUCACUGCCUUCCAAAUGGUACAGUUUGUAGCAAUAAUGGUACAUGCCUUCCAGCUAUUGUUCAUAGACUGCAACUAUCCCAAGGCAUUUGUGUGGUGGAUUGGAAUGCAUGCUGUCAUGUUCUAUUUCCUGUUUUCGAAUUUUUAUAAUCAAGCUUACAAGAGCAAAUCACGAAGAGAAGAGAAAUCUGAACCACAGAAUGAAACCAAAAUCAAUCACACAUCUGUCAGCAAUGGACAUGCUGUAACAAAUGGCUACUCCAAGAAUCAAGCAUCUGACUAUUACAUCAAUGCAUCAACAGAUAUUCACUUACGUACAGUUGCAAAUAAGUCUUUAGCAAAUGGUACAAACUGAUGAAGUACUGAUUUAGUGCUGUUUUCAUUUUAGGAAAACAGACAUGUAGAUGCUCAUUAUCAACUGUAAGUGAUGAUGAGCAGGAGACAGUGAACAACUGAAGUGUUCCUCUAUACUGCUGUGGAUGUAAACAAAAAAAGUGUUUUAUCUACAACAUUCUGUGGGCAUUAAAUCAAAUACGUGUAUUCUGAACUCAGUCCCUCUUUAUUAACCCACAUAAUGGCAGACAAUAAGGGUUUAAAAGGAGUAAAGCUAUUUUUACAGUUUUUGGAAGCCCAUGGUAUUCAUAGCAUGAUUUUAUAUGUGAAUGUGUGUAUUCUCAUGUCAAGUUAAUACCAUACAUCAAUUGCAGAUUUGUUAUACACAAGAGCCAUAACAAAAAAACUCAACUGAGUUUCUGUCAAACUGUCAGUUCAUAAUUAUAUUUGUUUUUAUCACUGUAUAUUUUUUAUGAUAAGUUAAAGUCUAGUCAGAUCUAAAUUAUAAUAUGAUGUACAGCUGAAUAUUAAAAAUUUGCAUCAGUCACAGACACAUGGCAGUCAUCAAAUUUUGCCUGUCAUCUGCUGUCAGAAAUGUUUCAUUGCCAUAAAUAAAUAUUGGUGUGUUAUUAUUUUAUUAUUAUUAUUGCCAUAAAUGUUUCAGAUCAAUAAACUUUGCUGACUAUUCUACUUUUUCCUUGCUUUUGCAUUAUUCACUCUUUAGAUGAUAAAAUCAAAACUCUCAGUUCAUACUGAACUGUUGAAGGAUAUGAGGUGCAGAAAUGUGAUAUGUAUUUCUACUGGCCAAUCCCCAGAAAGAUUAUUGUGCAAUGUAUAUUGCUCUGAAACAAGAUUCAGCUAAAUUGUGGUGUAGCUCAACUAAACAUGGUGUGGACCUGGAGAGAGAAUGGCAAUUUUUUUUAGCUAAGUAUUGCUAGAGUGGGUUGUGUGAGCUGUUAAGUUUAUUGUGCUCAACAAUUAGACUAUAUACACACAACAAAACAAAGAGUGAAGCAACAAGUUCAGUUUAAUAUUUCUGCACACACAUCUUUUGCCAUUUCUUGUCAAUGUACUACUUUCUUCACUCAUUUCAAUAAUUAUAGGACAUUUUAGAGGAGAAUAAUACCAACUGCUCCAUUUUCCAGUUGUGAUGAGUAGCUGAAUAGUCACCCCUCACUUGCCAUGGCUGAGUGGUGUUCACCACCAGGCAUACACUUCAUUGGUCAAUCUACAACUGUUUAGUUCUUUCCUGUGUACAUACUUUGAAAGGUUUACUUUUUGUUAAUUAUAUUUUGUAAUAGGCUACAUAUGCAACAGUUUCUGAGACAGACAGUGACUGAAACAAAUGCUAGCAGCUAUUAAAAGAUGUGUCACUUUUGCUUGAUAACAUUGACACAUGACAGUUUUAUGUACAAAUGAAAUCUGUGCAUCAUCUACUAUACUCAACUGUUCAGUUAUAUAAAAAAAGAACUCCUCUAAUGUGUAGUCAUUGUGUGUGAGAACAGUAAUCUGCUUAGCAUUUGCUGUAAUUCAGUUGAUCAGUGCUGUGAGAGAGACCUCAUGUAAUGCAGAUACAGAUGUAAAAUAUAAAAUUUUGGGUAAGGUACAUUGAUGAUACAAGUUUGUAAAAUCUGAAGCACAAAUAAGGCAGGGUGUGAAAGGAACAAUCUUUUAUAUUUCUGUUUCAAACUUGCUGUGAGCAUCCUGAUGCUGAAUGGUUGUUAUAUAUCUUAGAUGAUAAUGUAUAUUUAUUGUAAUAGCUGUUAUACAAUAUCGCUGAACUGUUUAUGAGUACUUGUUCUUAUACCCGUAUGUCUAUAAUGUGUUUCUUUGUAAAAUAUUGUUUUUGCUCAUUAAAUAGAUUUUAUAUGUA